AGAAGAAGACCGCGCGGCUCGUGAUCAUCGCGAACAACGUCGACCCCAUCGAGCUGGUGCUGUGGAUGCCCACGCUGUGCCGCGCCAACAAGGUCCCGUACGCGAUUGUGAAGGACAAGGCGCGCCUCGGUGACGCGAUCGGCCAGAAGACCGCCACGUGCGUUGCGAUCACCGACGUGAAUGCCGAGGACGAGGCUGCCCUGAAGAACCUCGUGCGCUCCGUGAACGCGCGCUUCCUGGCCCGCAGCGACGUCAUCCGUCGCCAGUGGGGCGGUCUGCAGCUCUCACUGCGUUCGCGCGCCGAGCUCCGCAAGAAGCGUGCCCGCAACGCCGGCAAGGAUGCCGCCGCCCUCGUGUAA